AUGCCAAAGGAAGAACGCAGCACAUCGCAUUUAAAUGCAUCCAAGACUGCUGGUCCGUUGUUUGACAAAAGCCUUGGACAGCAUAUUUUAAAAAAUCCUUUGGUUGUUAAUGGCAUUGUUGACAAGGCUUGCAUCAAAGCAACAGAUGUUGUAUUAGAAGUCGGUCCAGGUACAGGCAACGUCACUGUAAAGAUUUUAGAAAAAGCAAAAAAGACGAUCGUUGUAGAAAUGGAUCCUCGUUUAGCAGCUGAAUUGACCAAGCGAGUGCGUGGAACUGCCGAGCAAAGAAAGUUGGAGGUCAUUGUGGGCGAUUUCCUUAAAGUCGAUCUGCCUUAUUUUGAUAUUUGUAUUAGUAAUACGCCUUACCAAAUAUCAUCCUCGUUGACAUUCAAACUGUUGCAGCAUCGACCUUUGUGGAGGUGCUCAAUUCUCAUGUUCCAGAGAGAAUUUGCACUCCGAUUGGUUGCUAAACCUGGUGACGCACUUUAUUGUCGACUUUCUGCCAACGUCCAGCUGUUGGCAAAGGUUGACCAUGUGAUGAAAGUAGGCAAAAACAACUUUCGUCCUCCACCCAAGGUUGAGUCCAGUGUUGUAAGAAUCGAACCGCACAACCCACCACCACCAGUCAAUUUUGAUGAGUGGGAUGGCUUACUACGUAUUCUUUUUGGUCGAAAAAAUCGGACAGUUGCUGCCAAUUUCAAAACGUCGACUGUUUUGGAAAUGCUUGAACAUAAUUACAAGACAUACUGCUCACUGACCGGAAAGGAUAUUCCAAUGGAUUUUGAUGUUAAAGCACAAGUUCUAGGUGUGUUGGAUGCAGCCGGAAUGGCAGAGCAUCGCGCAGCUAAAAUGGACAAUGAUGACUUUCUCAAACUUCUCAGUAUGUUCAUUGAUGCAGGUUUUAGAUUCACCGCCAAGUAG